CGCUGUCUGCUCAUGAAUACUCAAUUUUAUUCUAAUGAGCUGCUGAGGGCUCCGCUGGGUGUCUCUGUCAACAGAGAAGUCAAAGUUUCAGCCCAGUCCGCGGUCAGGUCGACGGCCCUGCGAGGAGGUCUGCCCGCUCCCCUCCUUGAGUUCAGCUUCUCGGUUAGUUGACAGGAUGUCUCCGUCCACGUCCCCGCGCUUCUUCUCGGAGAAGGAGGUAGCCCGCAACUGCACCAAGGACUCCUGCUGGGUGCUGCUGGGGACCCGGGUGUACGACGUGACAGGCUUCCUGCGGAUGCACCCCGGCGGCGAGGCGCUCAUCCUCCGCCGCUCCGGGAGGGACGUGAGCCGGGAGAUGCAGGGACCCCCGCACCGGCACUCGGAGAACGCCCGGCGCUGGCUGGAGCAGUACUACAUCGGAGAGCUGGCCAGCGACGAAGCACAGACGCUGAGAGAGAGGAGGACAAACCCCGAAGAGACAGAAGGAACGAAGGAGAAGACGACGACAGCGGCGAGGGAGGAGGGAGAAGAUUCCCCGUACAGCCGAUGCAGCGCCGUGGACCUGGAUAAGGAUCUGGUGGACUGGCGGAAGCCCCUGGCCUGGCAGGUGGGCUACCUGGGAGAGAAAUACGACACGUGGGUUCACCAGCCAGUCGACAGGCCCAUUCGGCUGUUUGGAAACCCCUUCCUGGAGGCCAGCACCAAGACUUCCUGGUACUGGGUGCCAGCGGUGUGGCUGCCCAUCGUGUUUUAUCUCAGCUGGCACUGCUACACCACCUUGGCACAGGAGACCACCAGGCUUGUCCUCACUUCAGACUACUCCAUCCUGAUCCAUAAGUACAGUUUCCCGGUGCUGUUUAUGAUGGGCUGGUUUCUGUGGUCGUUCAUCGAGUACUGCAUCCAUCGCUUUGUGUUUCACAUGAAACCGCCGGCCCAUAACUACUACCUCAUCACCAUCCACUUCCUGCUGCACGGGCAGCACCACAAGUCUCCGUUCGACGGCUCCCGGCUGGUCUUCCCCCCCGGCCUGGCCUCCAUCGUGGUGGGGACGUUCUACGUGAUCCUGCAGCGCUCGCUGCCGGAGGUCCUCGCGACGUGCGUGUUCGUCGGGGGUCUGUGUGGCUACGUGGUGUACGACAUGAUCCACUACUACCUUCACUACGGCUCGCCCAAGAAGGGCUCGUAUCUGUACAGCCUGAAGGCCUACCACGUCAAACACCACUUUGAGCACCAGAGAGCAGGUUUCGGCAUCACCUCCACGUUCUGGGACCACCCCUUCAACACAGUCAUCCCCGAUGAGAAGUUCUAGAGCAGAAACGGCUCCAACCCGAGGGCCAAAGGACUUGUUUCAUCAUCAGCCUCCCUCCGUAGCCACCAAGCCACAUGCCAUAUCCACAUACCCAGCCUCUUCAGUCUCUGCAGCCAUAACGUCCACAAGACAUGAAGACCAAAUGUUGACUCCUCACAGCCCGCCGCAUCCAAACCACGCCUCCUUGCCAUAAUACACAUCAGCCUGCUGCUUCAUCAUAGUCAACACCCCACCCUCAGCUUGUCCCAUGCUGCUCUGUCCCCAGUAUCCUUCAUAAUAAUCCGUACACCACAGUUUCUGCUGCGCUCUAUGCUGGACAAAACUCACCUGUCAGUCAUUAGCUGUUAACCAAUCAGCACAUCAUAAAGCCACAACCAGGAGGUGGGCCAUGGUGGGUGAGAGUGUGGACCCGUACACAUGCAUACACACACUUACACUUACACACACAUGCACAAAAACGGAAGUGCACAUUGUAACACACAUUGUAAAAAAAAAAAAUAAACAAAAUACUUGGGUGUAUGGGACGUUUUCAGGUGGGGAAGGGAUGCUGUGCACACAGAAACAUGUAGACAAACACACACACACACUGUCCAUGCCUCACUCACUAUGGGAGAGCGAGCAACAGGAAGUGAAUGAAGGUGGGUGAAUGUAGAAGACAGACAUGGGAGCAGGACGGGAGAAAAGAGAGUUGAUUGAAAGUGUGAAAGAGAGAGAGACAGAAAGAGAGAGAGAAUCGUUACCAUGACGCCAGGUUCACGCUUUAAACGCCCAGUCAGUCUUUAGCCUUCCCCCGUAAAAAACCUCUGCUCGACAAAGCCGCACGAUGUCGUUCAGCUCACCUGCCGCUCGCCGCCAGCCACUGAACUACAGCUGCCUGCAGCUCUUACCCUGCAGGGGGCGCUGCAGCCUCACUCACUGUGUUUGCUCUCAGUGCAGCUUCACACUGAACAUCUGGUCUCAGAUAUCUGAACAUACUGAGAUUUGUCCGACCGCUCCGAUAUAACUUAUUAAUCAGUAGAAUAGACGCGCAGGAAUGCAACGCGGUGUUCUCAAUGUUUGAAACCACUUUGAGGAAAUGUAUUUUUCAGGUUUGCUGUUAUUUUGCCUCUGUUUUCUAAGUUUUUGUCAUUAAUUACGCAGCUAAGACAUUUUGUACAGAAGAGGAUAUGUGACUCCCCCCCUCCCCCUUAUUGCACAAGCUUUAUGUUGUCAAAGAUGUUUUCAGCCAGAGGAUGCGUUAGUGUGUAGGUGCAGUUAGAGGGUGAGAUGAAUGAAUGAAUGAGUGAGUGGAUGAAAGAAAGAAAAGCAUGGCUGGUGUCAGAGAGACAGAGCUGAAGGCAUGAGGCCAGCCUGCCAGACCUCCUGCUGUGGGGAUCUCGAGGUCAAAGGUCUAAAUUCCUCCUCACAGUUUCAGAAGUAAUUUGUUUCAGAACCGACACAGCAGAUCUUAAACUGCAAGAUUCUGGGAAAUUUGAUGAAAAUUCAAAACAACAAGAAGGUUUUUGUUGCCUUUUUUGUGAUCUUUCAGCGACCCAGCUGGGACGGGUUGGGGGCCACCCAACCCGUCCCAGCACUGGUUGAGCCGGCCCUGCAGAUCCCCGCAGGAUGACGAUCAAUCAGGCAUCUGACUGGACGGCAGCAGGUCCUGACAGUGACUGGCGGAUCCUCAGACUGUCUCUGAACAGCCGACACUGACAACUGAAGCCCAACAGUCUUGAUUAAAACCCUUUUACCCAGAGAAUCUCCUUCCUGCAAAAAACAGUUUUUAUCCAGUUUUUCUAGUUUGAAGAGUCACUGACAUAAAUAUGUACAUACAUUCUUACACGUGUAAAAAAUAUAUAUAUAUAUAAUACAUAUAUAUAUAUGCAAAACAUGUUUUAAGAUAUUUUUAACUUUUUUCAUAAGAGUUAAAUUCAGUGUAGAUUCCUUUUUUUCUUUUUCUACAAAUUCAAGGCAGCAAUAACUUGCUAAUGCACCAGUUCAGCCUUAAAGAGGUUGUCUUACCAAAAAAAAAAAAAAAAAAGCUGUACUUCAUCACUGUCUAAUAAAGCAGGUUUUACUAGGAUCCA